AUGGCCGACAAUAUCUCUGUUUUUUGUUUUUGUUCUUUUUUUGUUGUCUCUUUCCUUAUAAAAACUAAAUCUAAACCCAUUUUCCCAUCCGUUCGACGGGCUCCUUUCAAUUCAUUUUCCAUUGAUUGUCGACUUUCCCCCAUCCUCAUUCCCCCAACCCUUUCUCAGCCAUGGACCACCGUUCACAGCGGGAGUUGUGCACCGGUCCCCUCCAUGGCGCCACAAACACCAACACCGGCACUUCCCUUCCCACCACCACCACAACCCCAACCCCGGUAUUGGAAGAGUACGAAAUCGACCUGGAAUGGCCUUUCGAAUACCUCGAUGGUCUCGACUGUGACGCCAUCCGUGAAGCAGCUUACGAGAUUUUCUUCACGGCUUGUCGUUCAUCGCCGGGGUUCGGAGGACGGAACACUUCGAUGUCAUCUUCGCAUGAUCACCAUGGGAAUGUUGUGGAUGGAGGAGGGAAUGAAUCGCACGGGUCAGGUUCAAUAAACGGGCGGGUGAAUGGGGUGGUAAUGACCCCAACGAGUAAGGUUAAAAAGGCUUUGGGUUUAAAGAUGUUGAAAAAGUCGCCUUCUCGGAGGAUGUCGUUUAUUCCGACGGGCUAUAAUGGCGGCGGCGGAAUGUCUGGGACGUCGUCGUUUGUUUCUCAAGGACAUUGUAGUAUUAACACCGGUUCUGGCAUUGGAAUGGGGUUUUCUUCGGCGCAGAAUCCCUGGCCACGGCGGCCGUUGACGUCAGCAGAACUUAUGAGGCAACAAAUGAGGGUGACUGAACAAAGUGAUCAUAGGCUUAGGAAGACUCUCACCAGAACCCUCGCGGGCCAAACAGGAAAGAGAUCAGAAACUAUAAUCCUUCCACUAGAGCUUCUUCGGCAUUUAAAACCAUCCGAAUUCAAUGACCCGCACGAGUACCAUGCAUGGCAAAAACGUCAGCUAAAGAUACUAGAAACAGGCCUUAUCCUUUAUCCAUCAAUACCUAUAGACAAAGCCAAUUCUUUCAUGAUCCGUCUCCGCGACAUAAUCCGAGCCGGUGAGUUGAAAGCCAUCGACACCAGCAAGAAUUCCGACAUGAUGCGUACGUUGUGCAACAGCAUCGUGUCUUUAUGUUGGCGGAGCAGCAAUGGCGCUCCCACUACAGUUUGUCAUUGGGCCGACGGGUACCCUCUCAAUGUACACAUCUAUACCGCUCUCCUUAGAUCCAUUUUCAGCACUAGGGACGAGACGUUAGUGUUGGACGAGGUUGAUGAAUUGCUCGAAUUGAUGAAGAAGACGUGGUCUACGUUGGGGUUCAAUAAGCCGAUGCACAACGUGUGUUUUGCUUGGGUGCUUUUUGAGCAAUACGUCGUGACAAACCAAGUGGAACCCGACCUCCUUCGCGCAGCGUUUACUAUGUUGUCGGAGGUGGAGAACGACGUGAAGAAGUCGAAUCGGGACGAAACGUACAUGAAAAUAUUGUUGUCCAUGUUGGUUGUGAUGCAAAAUUGGGCGGAAAAAAAGUUGCUUAACUACCAUGAGUAUUUCAAUAGAGGAACUAUUGGUGGGAUUGAUAAUCUUUUACCUUUGGGAAUAUUAUCGACCAAGAUUUUGGCCGAAUGCCGUCGGAUCGAAACAGAGGAGGGCAAGAAAGGGGAUGUAAAAGUCUCGGAUUCGUCCGGUAAUCGUAUUGAUCACUACAUUCGAUCUUCCAUGAAGAAUGCUUUUGCAAGGAUCAAUGAUAAUGUGAAAAAUGCUACCAUGGGAGGAAGAGGGGAAGCUUAUGAAAACUUACUUCAAUUGGCUAAAGAAACCGAGGAUUUAGCCGCGCAAGAGAGGGAGUUAUUUAGUCCAAUAUUGAAGAAAUGGCAUACAACUGCGGGCAGUAUUGCAGCCGUGACGCUGCAUCAAUGUUACGGAGAAGUGUUGAAACAACAUUUAGCCGGGACGAAAAUGCUGAACAGUGAGAUCGUCGGGGUGCUACAACGAGCCGCGAAACUCGAAAAAGUCCUGGUUCAAAUGGUGGUUGAAGAUUUCGAUGAGUGCGGCAACGGAGGCAAAGUGAUUAUUAGAGAAAUGAUGCCUUAUGAAGUUGAUACAGUCACAAUAAGGCUAUUGGGACAAUGGAUCGAUGAAAGAUUAAAGAAAGGGAAAAAGUUACUUCUGAGUGCAAAGAAAACUGAAACAUGGAACCCGAAGUCGAAAACCGAGCUGUACGCGCAUUCGGCGGUCGAGUUGAUGGCAUUAAUAAAGGAAACUGUGAAUGAUUUUUUUGAAAUUCCGAUCGGGGUUACUGAGGAUUUGAUUCUUGAUUUAGCCGAAGGUCUAGAGAAAAUCAUUGAAGAAUAUAUUAUCUUUGUAGCAUCAUGUGGUUCCAAGCAGAAUUAUCUUCCAGCACUUCCUCCAUUAACGAGAUGCAACCAAGAUUCGAUGUUUUCGAGGUUUUGGAAAAGGGCUAGUCCAUGCGGGGUUCGUGUCGAGGACAUGCACCAACUUAUGACCACUAAAUACCAACAUCCGUCCCCAUCGACGAGCAUUGGGACGCAAUGCCUUUACGUCCGCCUCAACACAUUGCAUUACUUGAUCACCCACAUCCAUUCCCUCGACAAGACCCUCGCAGUCUCGCCGAGGGUUUUGUCGAAGAGUCGUUUAAGCAACCGUAAGCAGAACGUUACUUCCUUUUCCUACUUCGAACAAGCGAACCAAUCGAUCCAAUCCGCAUGCGAACACGUAUCGGAAGUCGCCGCGUACCGCCUUAUCUUCCUCGACUCGAGCCUCGUCUUUUACGAAAGCCUCUACGCCGGCAGUGUAACCAGCUCAAGACUCCGGCCCACCCUACGAAUCCUCAAAGAAAACCUCACCGUUCUCACCACUAUCCUAACGGACCAAGCACAAGCAUUAGCAAUGAAAGAAGUAAUGAAAGCGUCAUUCGAAGCAUUCCUCAUGGUACUCCUCGCCGGAGUUCCAUCUCGGAUCUUCAACCGGUCCGAUUACGAGAUGAUCGAAGAAGAUUUCGAUAGCUUAAAAAGGGUGUUCUGCGCUAUACCCGAAGAUGUAAUCCAAAAAGAAGCCGAGAAAGCUGAAGGAGUAAUAUCCUUGAUGGGGCAAAGCACCGAACAGUUAAUAGAAGAUUUCAGCAUCGUUACCUGUGAGACCAGUGGAAUAGGGUUCAUCGGCAUAGGUCAAAAAUUACCGAUGCCACCGACGACGGGAAGAUGGAAUAGAUCGGACCCAAACACGAUACUACGAGUAUUGUGCCAUAGAAAUGAUCGAACGGCUAACUUGUUCUUGAAGAAAUCGUUUCAAUUGGCCAAAAGGAACUUGUAAUCAAUGAAAAAUUAUAUAUACAGUGUGAAUAUUUGAAGAACAGGUUGGGUUUUUUUAUUCUCUAGUAAUGGGGUUUUAAUGGAUGUGAUUGUUGAUUUCAAGGAUUUUAGUGGAGAGAAUUAUUGAAGGAAAUGAGGGAUUGUAUAUUGAUUUUCUUAGUUGAGUUAAAUGUUUGUUGGUUGAUAUAUGAAUGAAGAUUGUUGAGUGCUGAAGGCAAAGGGAUGGGAAUUGGGAUAUUUGGGAUUUGAGAAAGCACAAAAGA